ACUCACCACCCUCUUCUUCCUCAUCUUUCAUAAUUAUACUUCCUCUUUAAACCAAUAUAUAUAUAAAUAUAUUGGCAAAGAAUUCAAAGAGUAAGUUAAUCUUAUAUACAAUAUGGCCAAGUUGAUUGAAGACAUUAGAAGAGCUCAGAGAGCUGAAGGUCCUGCCACCAUCCUUGCAAUCGGCACCGCAACUCCUGCUCACUGUGUUUACCAAGCCGAGUAUCCAGACUACUAUUUCCGCAUCACCAACAGCAACCAUCUCCCUGACCUCAAAGAGAAGUUCAAGAGGAUGUGUGAGAAAUCUAUGAUAAAAAAGAGAUACAUGCACUUGACUGAAGAGUUGCUGAAAGAGAACCCAAACAUAUGCGCAUACAUGGCGCCAUCUUUGGACGCACGUCAAGACAUGGUGGUGGUGGAGGUGCCCAAGCUCGGUAAAGAAGCUGCUACUAAAGCCAUCAAAGAAUGGGGCCAACCCAAGUCACGUAUCACUCAUCUUGUCUUCUGCACCACUAGUGGUGUUGAUAUGCCCGGUGCUGACUACCAGCUCACCAAACUCCUCGGCCUUCGUCCUUCCGUUAAGCGUCUCAUGAUGUACCAACAAGGUUGCUUCGCCGGUGGCACUGUUCUCCGUUUGGCUAAAGAUCUCGCUGAGAACAACCGCGGCGCACGUGUUCUUGUUGUUUGCUCAGAGAUCACAGCAGUCACUUUCCGUGGCCCAUCUGAUACUCACUUGGAUUCUCUAGUCGGACAAGCUUUGUUUGGUGAUGGAGCUGCGGCAAUGAUCAUUGGAGCUGAUCCUGAUACUAGUAUUGAAAGGCCAUUGUUUGAGAUGGUUUCUGCUGCUCAAACUAUACUUCCUGACUCUGAAGGUGCCAUUGAUGGACAUCUUAGAGAAGUUGGGUUAACUUUUCAUCUUUUGAAGGAUGUGCCAGGGUUGAUAUCUAAGAACAUUGAGAAGAGUUUGGCUGAGGCUUUUGAGCCUUUAGGGAUCAGUGACUGGAACUCUAUCUUUUGGAUUGCUCAUCCUGGUGGACCUGCUAUUCUUGAUCAAGUGGAGAUGAAGUUGGGUCUGGACCCAAAGAAGAUGAAAGCAACUAGGCAUGUGCUUAGUGAGUAUGGGAACAUGUCUAGUGCUUGUGUGCUGUUUAUUCUUGAUGAAAUGAGGAAGAGGUCUGCAGAAGAAGGGAAGAUUACAACUGGAGAAGGGCUGGAAUGGGGUGUGCUCUUUGGGUUUGGACCUGGACUUACUGUGGAGACUGUGGUCUUGCACAGUUUGCCCAUUCACUAAUUAAGUUGAAGUUCUACUACUCAUCAGCAUCAGCAUCAGCAUCAGCAUGGUUGCAUCUGGGAUGAUAUUAUUAAUUUAUAAGUUUUUAUCCAUUUCCUCUAUGAGGCUUAAUAGUGCCGACAGUACAUGUGUCUGUUGCUCUGAAUUCACUUUCUCUUUCUCUUUCUCUUUCUCUUUCUCUUUCUCUCGCUUGCUUUCUUUCUUUCUCUGAAAGUGAUCAGGGUAAAUGAUAAGAUAAAUGCUUCUUUUGUGGAGUUAAUAAAGAUAUUUUUAUAUGUCAAUAAAAUGCUAGUUUUUUUCUUAA